UAUACCUCACACGAGGCAAUGUCUGAUAACAUUAUCCAUCAUUGACAGCUACUUCAUAUUUUGCCUCGGCCUGUUUUUCUCAGUCUCGCUCGCCGAACUACAAUGUCCUCCAAGAUCACAGAGGCUCAAUAGGCUGCUACAAAGCCAGAUAUCAAGUACCUCUAUCUUACCCUCAAUAAAUCAUUAAAGGAUGUAAGGACGGAGAUGAUCCAGAGGAACUUCGAAGCUACCGAAAGCCAGUAUCGCACCCAGUUCAAGAAAUGGGGUCCGAAAUGGAUCAAGAACAGCAAGGUCGAAGAUACGGAGAUGCUUUCAAUUUUGAUACAUCAGAGAAAGAGUAAUGGAAAAGAAAGCAAUGUCUUCGAAUGGGGCAAACUGCUAGAUAAGGGGGAAGUAAAGAAGAGAGUCGCGAAAAGUACUCCAAACACUCUCCGACGAUUAGAACUUAUUGGAAACCAUCAAAAACUUCCAGCACAAUUCGUUGUCCGGACGCCAAUGGAGGACUGCACUUUCUCAUUCACUCAUGAUCUUCCAUUUUUCCAAUUCGAAAGGUCUAUCUGCGAUAGAAUGUCGACUUCUGAUCUUGCUCCCAACGUAAUGGCCAAUGCCCAACUUCUCACAGACCAACAAAAAACCCCCGCAAACGCCCUGAUUUUACGACAGAAGAGCAUCGAGGAUAUCUCCCAAUACUAUAGUUCCAGGGGCGAGAUAUUUUUCACCACAAACACCACAGCUCUGAAUACCUUGAAUUGUAUCAUCCCUUGUACAAUUCACCAGACAACUAUCCUUGGUCCACCAUUAUACCGCCAAAUCCUACACUCCGCCGGGAACAACUUCUCCGGGCUUAGCUCCUUUCCCGUUGAACAAAUCUUGCAGAUCCUUAGGGAAACCACUAGUACGGAUCUCUACUCACUGAUUCUUUCUCCGUCAAGACAUUCCAGCCGCUAUUCUGCUCGUUCUAUCGCACAGAGUCUUCUUAAAGGGGCUAUCGAAACAGGAGAUUCGGCAACUGCAACAGCCAUACUUUCGAACAAGUCUUUGGCAAUUAAUGUCAAUCAACAGAUUUGCUUCUUCGAGACAGAUAAAUACACACUCAUUGAAAGAGCCUCAAUGUUAAAUCAUAAAAACGUUAUUAAGGCUCUACUAGACAAUGGUGCAGAUGUAAACAAGACAUACCAUUGCCUUCAGUGCGAUGUUUAUCCCCAACAGUUUCGGUGCAAUUCGCAUGGUGCAUUAGAAUGUGUGCUUAGGAGGGACUACGAAUUCGGAGUUGAUGUUGAGGUUAUCCAGAUGCUACUCAGAGCGGGAAGUUUCGUCGAUUUGGCGACGGUUGGCGAACUCCUCAGACUGAGGCAAGAUGAUAUUGCCUGUCAAAUCGUCUCCAAGAAUCUACUAUUAAUAGGAAAUGGACUAGUUCGUCAACUAAGGCAUGCUAUCGGGUGUAUCGAUGAUGAUAUCCAAGUGCGUCUUUUGCACAUUUUACAUCGCAAUGGCAUAGAUCUCACGCACAAGGAUAUAUUCAUGACAGUCAUCCAGGCAAGAAUCCAGGCAAGAUCCUUCGAGACGCGUUGGGAAUUAGCUGAGACAUUAUUAGACUACGGUGCGAUUCCGGACAAGACCAUUCUGCGUUGUCUUAUCCGGGGGGAUAUAUAUUCAUACGAAUUUACCGAAGAUAUAUCUGGAGCCUCCCCCACAGAAUGCAUACAGACUCUCAAAACUCCAGGAAAGAUGGCGGUUCAGAAUAAGCUGCGUUCAAAUAGUGAUGUCUUGGCAUACCAAGAGUCACCACGACACCUCGAUGAGAUGUGUACCCGAUGGAUAGCGGCAGUCGAUAAGAUUGACACAGGGCUUAUCAUAGAGCUGAUCAAGGAAUUGAAAAAACUGAAUAUUCCAUUCACGACCUUCAAAUUUCUCUAUCACGCUCUCAUGGAAGUAUCAAGGAUUGGAGAUUACGAGGCCGCAAGAAUGGUACUUGGUCACAUAACGCAGCUUGGCCUACCAAUAGGUGACCAGGUCUUUCAGGAUGCGCUCUCUGAGGCUAUUCGAGGAGGUAAUGAAAGUCUUGUGCAAUUAAUUCUUGGGUUUGACUACGACCCAUUUUCUGCGGUAUUAUAAGAUUAUCAUAGGGUAGCAGCUACUCACUAUA